AUGAGGACGCUCCUCGCGGACGGUAAGAGUCUGUUCGACCUCGACGCAAGGGGAGACUCGCAGGCGAUGCUCGAGGCGCGGGAGGACGAGCACCCGGUGGUCGAGGUGCUCAGGAAAAGGGUCAAGGCGGGAACGAAGCCUGGAUCUCACGGGGACGGGCUAAAGAAGAAGGGGGGAAUCCGGGGGAGGCGGGCGGAGGAGAGGGGGCCCUUCCUCGGGGACGGUAAGAUUUUUUUUGCCCUCGACCCAAGGGGAGAUUCCCCGGGGAUCCUCGGGGGGGGGGGGGACGACCCCCCGGGGGUGGGGGUGUUCAGGAAAAGGGUCAAGGGGGGAAAGAACCCGGGUUUUCCGGGGGGGGGGUUAAAGCAGUCGGAGGCGAUGGCCAGUGCCAAGGUCGGGCUGGCCAUCGAGGGCGGGGGUAUGCGGGGCUGCGUGUCGGCCGGCAUGAUCGCCGCGGUGUCGACGCUGGGACUCAUGGACACGUUCGAUGCUGUGUACGGGUCGUCGGCGGGGAGCCUGGUCGGGGCGUACGCGAUCGCGGGGCAGGAAGGGAUGCCGCGGCUGGGUUGCAGCGUGUACUACGACACCCUCACCGGGACUGGGCGUCAUUUCAUCGACACCAGACAAAUAUUUCGUUCGAUGGGCCUGGGGCUGUUCGGCACGGUGGUGACGAGGUGGAGAGGGAUCAAGGAGCUAGUCAGACAGAAAUGGGGAUCACCGGUGCUGAACCUGAACUACUUGCUGCACGACGUGGUGGAGAAGCAGCGACCGUUAGACUGGGAGGGGUUCUGGAAGAAGCAGGCGACGCAGCCUUUGCACGUGAUUGCUAGCGGCGUGACGUCUAAGAAGGCUGUCGUCAUGACCAGCAAGGGGGGGCACUUCGGCACGCUCAGGGAGCUCACGGAGUGCAUGCGAGCGUCCAUGCUGCUGCCGGGCAUCACCGGGCCCAUGGUCACGCUGCCCAACGUCGACGAGCCGCUGGUGGACAGCCAGCUGUACGAGCAGAUCCCGUUCCAGACCGCUCUCGACGACGAGUGCACGCACGUCUUGGUUAUGCGAUCACGGCCGGACGGCCUCUCCAGCAAGAGCCGGUUCCCGAGGAGGGCGAAGUGUGAAGGAUGA